GGCUCAGAUUCACAAUCAGAAAGACAGAAAGACAGAAACACAGAGGCACCGAAGCACAGAAACAGAAUCGAAAUCGGAAUCGCAAUCAUUGUCAACAGCAGUGCGACGGGAGAGUUGCGAAAGCCCCCAAGUAUCUAAAGUAGCAAGAAAAUCAAGUUAAAAAUUUACUAAAAAUCCACGACAUUCAAGGGAACUUGCAGCGGCAAGUGGCAAGUGCGAUUAACUAAAUGCCAGCGCCCAAAACAGCGCCAAUCAAUCAAUUAGGCCCAGUGGGGGUGCUCCCACAGCCCAAGUCCAAGCCCAAAACCAGCAACAAUACGGCCGGAGAGAGCAGCCGGAGACAGUGAGAUAGAGAGAGAGACAGCAAGAGAGAGUGCAAAAGAGAGAGAGAGAGAGAGAGAGAGAGAGCGAGCGUGGCGGCAGUGACAGCAGUUAAAAAUCAAUAUCCGUCUAAAGUUUAUUUCGGUUUCGGUUCGGACACCUUGGAAACUUGAAGUUUCCCCAGCCGAAAGUUCCAUCGAAAUCAAUUCAACUCAAUACAGAUAAACUCAACGCCAUUCCUUUGCCAAUCGCGUCCGCUUUGUGCUACAAAUUUAAGAGCGUUUUUCGCGAACGUAAUCGUGUGUCCAUUUUGUGUGUCCACUUUGUGUGUCCACUUUGUGUGUCCACUUUGUGCUAAGCCUGACCAUAGAGUUAACUAGGUAAUCAACAGUUUACGAACAACUUGCUCCAUCCAUGCCGCGUGUGCUAGUCCAGUGGCAACCACUUCAACCAGUCUAGUCCGCAGCGUUAGUCCACGUCCACGUCCACGUCCGACAGAUCCGACGAUUGACGAAAAGGGUCGAACGGCAAACGCGGAGAAAGUUAAGAGAUAACAAACAGCGAAGAAUCGGGAGAAAAACCAAAGAAUAUUUAAGAAGAAAACAAAAAAAAUCGAAUUUUCAUGUUUAAAUCGCAAAACCAAAAUUAUCGAUAAAGAAAUUAAAGGAAAACCAAAGAGAGAAAAAACCAAAUAUUAAGUAAAUUGCUACCAGUAAACGCUAGUCCAAAUCUUCACUAUAUAAAUAUAUGUAUACCAUAUAUAUUUAACUAAUAAUACUUCAAGAGAACACGCCAAUUGCCGCAACUUUACUCCAACCCGCAAAAGUAAAAAGUAAAAAGUAAAACGUAAAAAGAUAAAAGAAAAGAUUUCCAUUAAACAAACGCAAAAUACCAAAUACCAAAUACCUAACACAGCUUCGAAGUGUGCACAAUAACAGAGUAAAAAGUUAUUAACCAAAACCAAAGAAAGACACCCAAUCCAAAAAGCAAGGCAAAUUAUUAUUAAACAAAACCGAAAAACAAUUAAGCAAAGUCGAAGAAAAACUGCGCCAAAGUCACGGCCAGCAAACACAAAGUACAACAAACAAACACAAACAAAAACAUAAACUCAAGCAACAAGCAGCAGGCAGCAGGCAGCAAAAGCAACAGCAGUUGCGAAGUGAAGCGUUUCCACUGACCACGCCCACUCCCCGCUGCUGAGCAGUCCGCCCCUUUCAGCAAUUUUCCGAUUUGGCAGCGCAUCGUUUCCGAGAAAUCUUGCGUGCGCCGGGAAAACUGAAGCGCCAGUGUCGGUUGGUCAACCAGAGAACACCCAGAGUAUACCCUCUUUUUUUUCGAGUGUGCGAACCAGUUUUUUUUGUGUGUGACCCAAACGAAAGGCGAGAACAACAACAGCCACCACUGCACCAACUGUGAUGGCAGAUCAGCCCAAGGCAACGACAACCGCAACCGCAGCCGGAGGAGCAGCUGGCCCACUUCCUGAAGGCGACGCCGUGAUGGCCACCACCAACCAGGACGCGCUGGCCAAAGGAGCCGGAGAUGCUCCUGCCCAGGACGCGGCCCAGGAGCCAGGCCAGGCGGAGCAUCCAGUGGAUGCCGCAGAUGCCGGGGAUGCCGGUGACGAUGGCGCCACCGAUGCCGGGGCCAGCUCGCUGCCGCCCUCCGAGAUUGGUGGCCGGGCGCCCCUGGACACCGCCUGCUCGGACGCCGACGGAGGAGCCCCCUCCAGCCUGGCCGGCGGCAUUGUGGGUCCGCCCAGUCCGCUCACCGGCUGCUACCUCCUCAUCGUCCUGGGGGAGCCGCACUCCGAGGAGCACAAGGACAACAUCUUGCAGCAUCUGCUCAAGGGUUUCCUCUCCUGGGACGUUUCCGAUUGUCACGUCGACUUGGAAGAGGAGCUCAAUACAAUUACACAGCAUGCGCCCGAGGGCGAGGAGGCUCGUCACGGCGAACGACUCAUCCAGUAUGCCAGCGAGAAUCUGGUCACGGAGGUGCUCAUCCACCCGCAGUACAACACGCUAAUCCAGUGCAUGCGAAAUCUGCUCAGCAGUUUCACCCGCCACCGGCACAUCAUCCACGCCGGCUACACCUUCAGUGGCAAUGGUUCCUGGAUAUUGCAGGACGGAACCUUCUCGGUGGCGGACUUCUCGGAGGCCUUCCAGGAGCACGACGUACAAAGGGUGAUUCGGGCCUAUGCGGACACCAUCACCAUGAACAUUCACUGCGCGGACGCGGGUCUUUGGCACACGUUGCCCGAGAAGUCCUUUGCGCGCCAGUGCCGGAUACGGAUCAAUCCCGUGGACGUCCUGGACACGAGCAGCGAGUGUAUCAACGGAUUCAUUGAUUACCUCGCGCCCAUGGUGAUGCCAACAUCGCUGAGGGAGCUGCUUGAGACCUCGGACGUGGUGGGAAACAUCCGCUUCACGCAUCCAACGUUAUAUGUCUUCCCCGGCGGCCAGGGUGACGCGGCGCUUUUCGGAAUCAACGGCUUCAACAUGCUUGUUGACGGCGGCUUCAACCGGAAGGCGUGCUUCUGGGACUUCGCCCGACACCUCGACCGACUGGACGCGGUGCUGAUGACGCGGCUGAACAACAGCAACGUACAGGGUCUGGGUGCGGUCGUGUCGCGCAAGCGGGACGCUCACGUCUACCCCCAGAUCGGGCACUUUUUCGGCAAUGUACCUGACCGCAAGGGCCUGCCCAGCCCCGACGGCGAUAAGGACCGCGAUCCGCUUCUGAUCGAUCUGUUCGAGCGUGGACACGGCAUCGUUAGUGACCUGAAGGCGCUGGAUCUAAAGCCACAGGGCUGCUACCGCAACCAGGAGCCGGUCAACCUCUACCACAAGGUCGGCCACGGCACUCUGGACAUGUAUGUGAUAAGCCCAGCGCGCGACUCGAAGGAAGUGAAGGAGUUCCUCCAGAAGUGGCAUGCCGGCGACCAGCGGCUCUUUGCCGCCCGGGAGUCGCGCGACUUCAACUUCCCGCUGCAAAACUUGGUAUCCAUUUGCGCCCUGCUUGUGUGGCAACCAGCCAACCCGGACGACACUAUCACUCGCAUUCUCUUCCCGGGCAGCACACCCGACUUCAAAAUCCAGGAGGGCCUCGAAAAGCUAAAGCAUCUGGAGUUCAUGAAGCACUCCACGUGCACGGCAAAGUCGAUUGCCCCAGCCAUUCAGACCGUGACCUCAACUCGCAAGAGCUUAAAAUCGGCCAUCGAAGCGACUCCAGCUCCGCCCAGCGCCAGCUACAAGUCUACGAAGUUCAGUCCGGUGGCAAGCGCCGCUCUAGCCGUCCAGCAUCCGCAGCAGCAGGAUAACAAAGCGAAGGAGGCUGCGGCUGCGGCAGCGGCGGCGGCUGCUGCUGCGGCGGCUACCGCAGCAACUAUUGCCCGCGCCAAGGCCGACUCCAUGGACACGGAUGCAGAACCGGAGCACGAGGCAGACCCCGAACCUGCUGACACUGGGGACGAGGCUGCUCCGACAGAGCAGGAGCCUGAGGCGGAGACUGAACCCGAACCGGAGCAUGAACCCGAAGCCGAGCAGGAGAAGGAUGCUGGUGAGGAGAAGAAGGUGGAAGUGUUAAUCAUGAAGCCCCAGCAGGCGACACCACCAGUAGCAGUCCCAGCAUCUGGCAAAGAUGCAGUAGAUGCAACUCCAGCCGAUGUGACGCCCACCGGCAAACUGAGCAAAGCGUCAGCCAAGGGUAAGGCGGACAAGCCGCGGGCUGAGGUUAAGCCGGUGGUACGCUCCCGCAUCGACACCAAGCCCCCCAAGUCCAUGGACCGGAAACUGGCCAAACGGGAUGAGAAAAAGAGCUCGCCCACAGCUACGCCGGCCGCCCGGGCACCCGUAGCCCGAGAUGCCAAGCCUAAAGUGCUGAGCCGCCCAGCAACCAAGUCCAGUCCCAGCAGCACUCCUGCUAAGAGUGCCAAGGAGGCCAACAACCGGAAAGUGCUCGAGUCCAAGCAGCAGGCGGCUCGAGUGCAGGCCACCAGCACCGUCUCUAGGCGGGUUACCAGCACGGCCAGUGAAAGGCGUGUCCAACAGCAGACGGAAGCCAAGACAGCGGCGACUGGGGCCACCCAAGCGACCCAGAGGAAACCAAUCUCAAGGAGACCUCGUGGCGUUUCACCCUCGAAGCGGGCACCAGCACCCGGAAGUCCGGUGAAGCAGGCGAAGCCGAAGGCGGCAGACUUGAAAAAGGCACGUCUGGACAAGGGGGGCACCACCGACUCCAGUCUGGUGUCCACCCCCUCCGCAGAUGAAGCCACGGCUGCCAAGAAGCUGCAAGACCUAACCGCAUCCCAGGAACUCGACGCAGAGAAGCAGCGUGAACUGGACGACCUUAAGGAGGAGCAGGAGGUGGUACGGGAGAUAGAAGCUGUGUUUAGUCGUGAUGAAAUGAAGCGCCAGCAGCACCAACAGAUUAAGGCCGAGCUCCGAGAAAUGCCUGCCGAGGGAACCGGCGACGGUGAAGAUGAGCCUGAUGAAGAGGAGGAGUAUCUGAUCAUCGAAAAGGAGGAGGUCGAGCAGUACACCGAAGACUCAAUCGUGGAACAGGAAAGCAGCAUGACCAAGGAGGAGGAGAUCCAAAAGCACCAGCGCGACUCGCAGGAAUCAGAGAAGAAGCGCAAGAAGAGCGCCGAAGAGGAGAUCGAGGCGGCCAUUGCCAAGGUGGAAGCCGCUGAGCGUAAGGCGCGACUUGAGGGUGCCUCUGCCCGGCAGGAUGAGUCGGAACUGAACGUAGAUCAGGAGCAGAGCAAGAUAAAGGCCGAGGUGCAGGAUAUCAUUGCCACUGCCAAGGAUAUUGCCAAGUCACGCACCGAGGAGCAGUUGGCCAAGCCCGGAGAAGAGGAGCUCUCAUCGCCAACUCCCGAAGAGAAGCUAAGCAAAAAGACUUCGGAUACAAAGGACGACCAAGUCGGAGCCCCAGUCGACGUUCUACCCGUCAAUCUUCAAGAAAGCCUACCCGAAGAGAAGUUUUCGGCUACCAUUGAGUCGGGGGCCACCACUGCUCCUACACUACCAGAGGAUGAGCGCAUUCCGCUGGAUCAGAUAAAGGAGGACCUCGUGAUCGAGGAGAAAUAUGUGAAGGAAGAGACCAAGGAAACGGAGGCCAUCGUGGUGGCCGCCGUACAGACUCUUCCCGAAGCAACUCCCCUGGCAAUCGAUGCCAUCCUAGCCGCAGCCACCAAGGAUGCCCCCAAAGACGCCAAGGCCGAGGUUUUAGGUGAGCUGCCCGACUCAGGCGAAAGGGUGCUGCCCAUGAAGAUGACAUUUGAGGCCCAGCAGAACCUUCUCCGCGACGUCAUUAAAACGCCUGAUGAAGUUGCAGAUCUACCCGUCCAUGAGGAAGCCGAUCUUGGGCUAUACGAGAAGGACAGCCAGGACGCCGGCGCCAAAAGUAUCUCCCAUAAGGAGGAGUCCGCAAAGGAAGAAAAGGAGACCGACGACGAAAAGGAGAACAAGGUAGGAGAUACGGAAUUGGAGGAUGAGCCGGAAAGGGUGGACAUCUCUCACGUACUGCUCAAAAAGUCAGUGCAGGAAGUGGCCGACAAAGUGGAGGUCAUUCAAACUACAGUGGAGAAAAAGCUGGAGGAGAAGGUGACCCUGGAAGCCGAGAAGAUUGUGGAGGCGACUAUAGCCAUGACGCAAGAAAGCCAGGCAGAGCAGGAAAAGGAUAUAGAAGAGCGGGAACAAAAACUUGAGUCUGGAAUUAUUACCGAGAAGGAGGCCAAAAAGUCGGCCAGCACUCCCGAGGAAAAAGAAACCAGCGACAUUACUUCCGAAGAUGAGCUUCCAGCCCACCUGGCGGAACCAACCACAGUGCCACCCAAAUCAGCCAAAGAACACGAAGACACCGGCUCCAUUGACAGCCCCCCCACCAUUGAGGAGGCCAUUGAGAUUGAGGUGCAAGCCAAGCAAGAAGCCCAAAAACCAGAGCCAGCUCCGGAGGAGAGUACCAAGGCGGAAAAGUCACCACUUGCCUCAAAGGAGACCUCCCGACCUGAAUCUGCGACAGAAGGCUUUAAGGAAGACUUUGAGCAGCCGGAAUCCAAGAAGUCCCCAGAGCCCUCCCGACCCGAAUCCGAGGCAAAGGAUACCAAGUCUCCACUCGCCUCAAAAGAAGUUUCUCGACCGGGAUCUGUUGCGGAAAGCAUUAAGGAUGAAGCAGGAAAAUCAGAGAGCCGACGAGAAUCACUUGCCAAAACUCCUAAGGAUGAAAGUUCUCUUGAUAAAGCACAAGAACAGGAAAGUCGUCGCGAAUCUCUUGCGGAAAGCAUCAAGCCAGAAAGUGCGAAAGAUGAAAAGUCUGCCGUGGCCUCGAAGGAAGCCUCCAGACCAGAAUCUGUUACAGAAAGCGUUAACGUCGAGGCAGACAAGUCAAAGGAGCCGUCCCGCCGCGAAUCUAUCGCAGAAAGCUUAAAGGCCGAAAGUACGAGAGAUGAAAAAUCCGCUCCACCCUCUAAGGAAGCUUCGCGGCCAGGAUCAGUGGUAGAAAGUGUUAAAGAUGAGACUGAAAAGUCGAAGGAACCAUCGCGACGGGAGUCAGUAGCUGAAAGUGCCAAAGCCGCUAUUGAAUCCAGAGAAGUCUCGAGACCCGAAUCGGUUAUUGAAAGCAUGAAAGACGAAUCUGAGAAGCCCGGAAGUCAUCGUGAUUCCCCCCUUGCCUCAAAGGAGGCUUCCCGGCCAGAAUCAGUAGUGGAAAGCGUCAAAGAUGAACCAAUUAAAUCCACAGAAGAGCUUCGUCGUGAGUCGAUGGCAGAAAGCGUCAAAACAGAUAGUACAAAGGAGGAAAAGUCCCCACUUGCAUCCAAGGAUAUAUCGCGACCAGACUCGGCUGCGGAAAACGUGUUGAAUGCAUUACAAAAAUCAGCAGAGCGGUCGCAGCCAGAAUCCGCAACAGCCUCUAGGGAUGUCUCCAGGCCGGAAUCAGUAGCGGAAAGUGAAAAGGAGGACACUGACAAACCCGAAUCAGUUGUGGAAAGCGUUAGGCCUUCAGAGGUUAUCUCCAAGCCAGAAGAUAGCGCAAAGCCUGAGAGCCGUCGUGAGUCCUCUACUGAAAGCGUUCUUCCAGGCAGUACCAAGGACUCCAAGGAACCAUCCCGACCAGAAUCCAAAGUAGAAAGCGUCAAAGAUGAAGCUGAAGUAUUGAAGAGUCCGUCUCAACGAGGAUCAGUGGCAGAAUCGCAGCCAUCAAAGGAAGCGUCUAGGCCAGAAUCCGCUGUGGGUAGUUUGAAAGAUGAGGGUAUGUCCAAGGAGCCUUCUCGACGUGAGUCGGUCGCGGAAAGCGUAAAAGAUGAAGCUGCCAAGUCCUUGGAGGCCUCUCGUCCCGCUUCCGUUGCAGAAAGUGCCAAGGAUGGGGCUGAUGAUCUAAAGGAACAGUCUAGACCCGAAUCAAUGACUCCAAGCAUUAAAGCGGAAAGUAUUAAAGAUGAAAAAUCACCUUUGGCGUCCAAGGAAGCUUCUAGACCAACUUCCGUUGCAGACAGUGUUAAGGAUGAAGCUGUGAAGUCCAGGGAAGAAUCAAGGCGAGAGUCGACUGCCGAAAAAUCACCUCUGGCCUCCAAGGAAGCUUCCAGACCAGCAUCUGUCGCAGAAAGUAGUAAGGAUGCAGCUGAGAAGUCCAAGGAAGAAUCAAGACGAGAGUCAGUGGCCGACAAGUCACCUCUGGCCUCCAAGGAAGCUUCCAGACCAGCGUCCGUUGCAGAAAGUGUUAAGGAUGAAGCUGAGAAGUCCAAGGAAGAAUCUAGGAGAGAGUCGACAGCCGACAAAUCACCUCUGGCCUCCAAGGAAGCUUCCAGACCAGCUUCCGUUGCUGAAAGUGUUAAGGAUGAAGCUGAGAAGUCCAAGGAAGAAUCAAGGCGAGAGUCGAUUGCCGAAAAAUCACCUUUGGCCUCCAAGGAAGCUUCCAGACCAGCAUCUGUCGCAGAAAGUAGUAAGGAUGCAGCUGAGAAGUCCAAGGAAGAAUCAAGACGAGAGUCAGUGGCCGACAAGUCACCUCUGGCCUCCAAGGAAGCUUCCAGACCAGCGUCCGUUGCAGAAAGUGUUAAGGAUGAAGCUGAGAAGUCCAAGGAAGAAUCUAGGAGAGAGUCGAUUGUCGAAAAAUCAGCGUUGACCUCUAAGGAAGCUUCCAGACCAGCUUCUGUCGCAGAAAGUAGUAAGGAUGAAGCUGAGAAGUCCAAGGAAGAAUCAAGACGAGAGUCAGUGGCCGACAAGUCACCUCUGGCCUCCAAGGAAGCUUCCAGACCAGCGUCCGUUGCAGAAAGUGUUAAGGAUGAAGCUGAGAAGUCCAAGGAAGAAUCUAGGAGAGAGUCGAUUGUCGAAAAAUCAGCGUUGACCUCUAAGGAAGCUUCCAGACCAGCUUCUGUCGCAGAAAGUAGUAAGGAUGAAGCUGAGAAGUCCAAGGAAGAAUCAAGACGAGAGUCAGUGGCCGACAAGUCACCUCUGGCCUCCAAGGAAGCUUCCAGACCAGCGUCCGUUGCAGAAAGUGUUAAGGAUGAAGCUGAGAAGUCCAAGGAAGAAUCUAGGAGAGAGUCGACAGCCGACAAAUCACCUCUGGCCUCCAAGGAAGCUUCCAGACCAGCUUCCGUUGCUGAAAUUGUUAAGGAUGAAGCUGAGAAGUCCAAGGAAGAAUCAAGGCGAGAGUCGAUUGCCGAAAAAUCACCUCUGGCCUCCAAGGAUGCUUCCAGACCAGCGUCCGUUGCCGAAAGUGUUAAGGAUGAAGCUGAGAAGUCCAAGGAAGAAUCUAGGAGAGAGUCGACAGCCGACAAAUCACCUCUGGCCUCCAAGGAUGCUUCCAGACCAGCGUCCGUUGCCGAAAGUGUUAAGGAUGAAGCUGAUAAGUCCAAGGAAGAAUCUAGGAGAGAGUCGAUUGUCGAAAAAUCAGCGUUGACCUCUAAGGAAGCUUCCAGACCAGCUUCUGUCGCAGAAAGUAGUAAGGAUGAAGCUGAGAAGUCCAAGGAAGAAUCAAGACGGGAGUCAGUGGCCGACAAGUCACCCCUGGCCUCCAAGGAAGCUUCCAGACCAGCGUCCGUCGCAGAAAGUGUUAAGGAUGAAGCUGAGAAGUCCAAGGAGGAAUCAAGACGAGAGUCAGUGGCCGACAAGUCACCUUUGGUCUCUAUUGAAGCUUCCAGACCAUCUUCCGUUGCCGAAAGUGUUAAGGAUGAAGCUGAGAAGUCCAGGGAAGAAUCAAGGCGCGAGUCGACGGCCGAAAGCGCUACAGCGGAGAGUAUCAAGGGUGAUCCAUCUCCUCUGGCUUCGAAAGAAGCGUCAAGACCCGAUUCUGUUGUGGAAAGCGUUAAGGACGAUGUUGAGAAGCCAAAAAGUCGACGCGAAUCUGUUGCAGAGAUUGUUACACACAAAGAAGCUAAGGACGAGAAAUCCCCAGAAGUUUCACGACCAGGGUCUGUGGCAGAGAGUGUUAAAGACGAUCCUGUCAAAUCCAAAGAACCAUCCCGUCGAGAAUCUGUAGCGGGAAGUGUCACAGCGGAAAGCGCUAAAGACGACAAAUCUCCUUUGGCGUCCAAGGAAGCGUCAAGGCCAGAAUCGGUAGUUGAUAGCGUUAAGGAAAGACAGAGUGUUACACUCGAAAAAGCUGGGGAUGAUUUGUCUGCUGUUACUUCAGAGAAGUCUGUUUCUCGACCAGUAUCUGUGGCCAGUGACCAUGAAGCUGCCGUAGCUAUUGGGGUUGAUGCAAAGAGUUCCAUCUCCCCCAAAGCUAAAUCCCGUCCAGGUUCUGUUGCUGAAACUGUAUCGUCACCAAUUGAGGAAGCGACGCUAGAGUUCUCAGAGAUUGAAGUCGUAGAAAAAGCCAGCCUAGUCCUUAGUCUACAAGCUGGCUCUGGAGGAAAACUGCAAACGGAUUCCAGUCCUGUUGACGUGGCCGAGGGUGACUUUUCGCAUGUUGUCGCUUCAGUUUCCACCGUCCCGCCCACACUUACAAAACCUGCGGAACUCGCAAAGAUUGGCGCAGCUAUAACGGUCUCGUCUCCUGUGGACGAGGCUCCAAAAACUCCAUCUGCUCCAGAGCAUAUAUCCCGUGCAGAUUCACCCGCAGAAUGUGCGACUGAAGAGAUUGCCAGUGAUGACAAAUCACCACAAGCUUCGAAGGAGUCCUCAAGACCAGCGUCGGUUGCAGAAAGCAAAGAUGGUGCUGAUCAGCUUGCAAGUGCGGUGGAUGAGCACAUCGCAGAAGUAAAGGAUCUUAAAUCCCCGGUCGCCUCCACGGAAGCCUCUCGCCCGGCAUCAGUGGGAGAGACAGCAUCAUCGCCCAUUGAGGAAGCACCCAAAGACUUCGCGGAAUUCGAGCAGGCCGAGAAAGCAGUGCUGCCUUUGACUAUUGAGCUAAAGGGUAGUCUCCCCACGUUGUCGAGCCCUGUGGAUGUGGCUCAUGGUGACUUUCCCCAGACAUCAACACCCACAAGCUCCCCAACUGCAGUCCCAGUUCAACCAGCUGAACUCUCUAAAGUCGGCAUUGAGAAGACAGCGUCAAGUCCGAUAGAUGAGGCUCCGAAAUCAGUAAUUGGAUCUCCGACAGAAGAGCGUCCAGAAUCUCCUGCUGAAAGUGCCAAGGAUGAAGCUGCCGAAAAAUCAAAGGAGGCAUCACGUCCACCAUCUGCAGUUGGAAGCACUAAAGCGGAUUCCCGGCCGGAAUCGGUGUUGCAAAGCCCAAAAGACGAUGUUCAAAAAUCUAAGGAAUCAUCGCGUCCGCCAUCUGUUGCAGCAAGUGUUACGGGGGAAGCCACUAUGGAGGUAUCCCGACCAGAAUCAGUAGUAGAAAGUGUCAAGGAUGAGCAUGAAGAGACGGAGAGCCGUCGAGAGUCAGUUGCUAAAGUGGAAAGCGCUAGUCAGGAGAGUCAUAAAGAUGAGAAGUCAACCGUAGCAUCGAAAGACGCCUCUCGAAGAGAAUCUGUCGUGGAAUCCCUUAAAGAUGAUGCUGAGAAGUCUGAAAGCCGUCCAGAAUCGGUCAUCGACAGUGCAAAGCCAGUCCCCAAGGAAUCGACAUCCCAACUGGACUCAAAGGAUGUGUCUCGUCCAGGCUCAGUGGUAGGAAGCGUUACAGCUGAAGCUGAGAAAUCUGAACAGCAAUCCCGUCGGGAGUCUGCAGCGGAAAGCGUCAAAGCAGAUGGGAAAUCUCAAGAGGCAUCCCGACCAGCCUCCGUCGAGGAACUUCUGAAAGACGAUGAGUUAAAACAGGAAAGCAGGCGGGAAUCGAUUGCAGGCAGCCUUAAAGCAACGAGUACCAAGGACGAUGAGUCUCCAAUGGCCUCCAAAGAAGUUUCACGGCCGGAGUCGGUUGUAGAAAGCAUUAAGGAUGAAAAGGACAAACCCGAUAGCCGUCGUGAAUCCCUUUCCGAAAACGUUAAGCCAGACAGCUCCAAGGAUGAAAAAUCUCCCCUUGGCUCCAAGGACGCCUCCAGGCCGGGAUCCGUUGCCGAUAGUGAUAAGGAUAAAGCUGAAAAAUCCAAAGAGCCAUCCCGACCAGAAUCCGUCGCGGAGAGCAUUAAGCAUGAAAGUACAAAGGAUGAAGAGUCUCCACUACAAGAAGAGGCCGUAAAAUCCAAAGAACCUUCCCGGCGAGAUUCCGUCGCAGGAAGCAUCCAGGCAGAAAUCGCAAAGGACGAAAAAUCCCCAUUGGCGUCAAAAGAGGAUUCCCGCCCCGAAUCCGUAGAAAGCAUUAAAGAUGAGAAGGCUGAAAGCCGUCGUGAAUCUGUGGCGGAAAGCGUGAAGCCGGAAAGUUUAAAGGACUUAACAUCAGCCCCACCCUCAAAGGAACCUUCUCGACCAGAGUCCGUUUUGGAAAGCGUCAAGGAUGAAGGCGAUAAGACCAAAAGUCGCCGAGAUUCGGUAGCUGACAGCACAAAAGAGGAAAAGUCUCUCCUUGGAUCACAAGCAGCUUCCCGACCAGGAUCUGUUGCAGAGAGCGUUAAAGAUGAAGCUGAGAAGUCUACUGAGCCAUCACGGCCGGCAUCUGUAUCCGAAUGCAUUGCGGCUGAAACCACGCGGGAUGAAAAGUCCGCUCCAGGCUCUAAGGAAGCUUCUCGGCCAGGAUCAGUGGUGGAAAGUGUUAAGGAUGAGACUGAAAAGUCGAAGGAACCAUCGCGACGGGAGUCCGUAGCUGAAAGUGCCAAGGAUUCAAAACCCGAGAUUGUAUCUAAGGAAGUUUCCAGACCCGAAUCAGUAAUUGAGAGUAUUAAAGACGAGUCUGAGAAGUCCGAAAGCCGUCGUGAAUCGGCUGCUGAAAGCAACAAGGCUGGAAGUGGAAAGUCUCCUCUCCCAUCAGAAGAAGUUUCCCGGCCUGAAUCUAAGGCAGAAAGCUUGAAAGAUGUGAUUGCCCCGACAAAGGAGACCUCUCGUCCCAAAUCUGUUACAGAAAGCGUCAAGGAUGAAAAAUCCCCAUUCGCAUCCAAAGAAGCAUCUAGACCAGCAUCCGUUGCAGAAAGUGCCAAAGAUCUGGCAGAUGAAUCCAAGGAACCAUCUAGACCGGAGUCGGUGUCCCAAAACAUAAAGGCGGAAAGUAUUAAAGAUGAAAAGUCACCUUUGGCCUCCAAGGAAGCUUCUAGACCAGGUUCUGUUGCAGAAAGUGUUAAGGAUGAAGCUGAGAAGUCCAAGGAAGAAUCAAGGCGAGAGUCGACGGCCGAAAAAUCACCUUUGGCCUCCAAGGAAGCUUCUAGACCAGGUUCUGUUGCAGAAAGUGUUAAGGAUGAAGCUGAGAAGUCCAAGGAAGAAUCAAGGCGAGGGUCGACGGCCGAAAAAUCACCUUUGGCCUCUAAGGAUGCUUCUAGACCAGGUUCUAUUGCAGAAAGUGUUAAGGAUGAAGCUGAGAAGUCCAAGGAAGAAUCAAGGCGAGAGUCGAUUGCCGAAAAAUCACCUUUGGCCUCUAAGGAUGCUUCUGUUGCAGAAAGUGUUAAGGAUGAAGGUGAGAAAUCCAAGGAAGAAUCAAGACGAGAGUCGACGGCCGAAAGCGGUAAGGCCGAGAGUAUCAAGGGGGGUCAAUCUCCCCUGGCUUCGAAAGAAGCGUCAAGACCCGAGUCUGUUGUGGAAAGCGCUAAGGACGAAGCUAAGACAUCCCGACCCGAGUCAGUGGCCGUAAGUGCCAAGGACGAGAAAUCACCGCUUCCUUCACGUCCUGAAUCGGUGGCCGAUAAGUCGCCAGCUGCCUCGAAGGAAGCAUCUCGCCCUGCAUCUGUUGCCGAAACCGCCUCAUCACCCAUUGAAGAAGGUCCACGAUCCAUUGCUGACCUCAGUCUGCCCCUUAACCUGACAGGUGAAGCUAAGGGCAAACUUCCAACUCUCUCGAGUCCCAUCGAUGUGGCGGAAGGAGACUUCGCUGAAGUACAAGGGGAAUACUCCCCGCGGCCAGCAGCACUUUCAAAACCAGCGGAGCUUUCGCAAUCGGAUACUGCGCAUACAGCCUCCUCUCCCGUGGACGAGGCUUCUCCCGUUCUGGAAACCAUCGGUGCGGUUGAACAGCAUACAACCUCUGGAGUCGAGGUCACCAAGGAAACAGCGGAAGCAGAUUUGCUUGACCUGACGGAAGCCAAAUCCGAGACGGUAACCAAGCAAUCGGAAACAACGUUGCUUGAAUCCCUUACCUCGAAGGUGGAAUUACUGGAGAGCUCGGUGAAGCAAGUUGAAGAGAAAGUCGAGACCUCAGUAAAGCAAGCAGAAACCACAGUGACCGAUUCCUUGGAGCAAUUGACCAAGAAGAGCAGUGAGCAGUUGACAGAGAUCAAAUCAGUGCUGGACUCCAGCAUCAGCAACGUAACCACCUUGUUUAGCACUGCAGUGGAGACCGUUGAAAAGAAAGUGCAGGAUGUGACAGAGAAAGUAAUUGAGACGUCAACCGAACACGUUUCCGAGCACAUCACCACUAUUGGUGAAAGCUCAACGGAAACCGGCCAGGAAAAGAGCAGUCUGGAUCUGGGCACAUUCUCGGAGCUGCGCGAAACGCAUAUUACCACCGUGGGGUCCCCAGAGUUCACGGUUACGAUCUGCGAGCGCGAUGAGCCCGUGCUGCACGACAUCAAGGAGGAGGACGAGGAGCAUCGCUUCUCGCCUCCAAGCGAUGGGGACAAGACAGUAAUAAUACCACCACAGCCGAUGCGACCACUGUCACCGCGCGAGGAAGAAGUGGCCAAAAUCGUUGCCGACGUGGCCAAGGUCCUUAAGUCCGACAAGGAUAUCACAGACAUCAUACCCGACUUUGACGAACGCCAGCUAGAGGAGAAACUGAAGUCAACCGCCGACACAGAGGAGGAGUCCGACAAAAGUACUCGAGACGAGAAAUCCCUGGAAAUCAGCGUCAAAGUAGAAAUCGAGUCGGAGAAGUCAUCGCCAGAUCAGAAGUCCGGCCCCAUUUCCAUCGAGGAGAAGGACAAAAUCGAGCAAUCUGAAAAAGCACAAUUGAGGCAGGGAAUAUUGGCUAUAAGCCGGCCGGAGUCAGUUGCCAGCCAACCGGAGUCCGUGCCCUCGCCCUGCCCUUCAGAGUCAGCAGCCAGCCAUGAACAAAAGGAGACGGAAAUCCAGGCUAGGGAACAGUCAUCCCCCAUUCCCAGCAAGGAUGAGUCUGGACGCGAGUCCGUGCUUUCCGAGAGCCAUAAAGCUGAGAAGUCUUCUCGCCCCGAGUCCGUUGCCAGCCAGGUGAGCGAAAAGGACAUGAAGUCAUCGCGCCCAGCAUCUAGCACCAGCCAAUUUAGCACCAAGGACGGCGAUGAGGAGACGACUGAGUCGCUACUCCACUCACUUACUACCACAGAGACAGUUGAGACCAAACAGCUGGAAGAGAAAUCGAGCUUUGAGUCUGUCUCCACCUCAGUCACUAAGUCCACAGUCCUCUCCAGCCAGUCAGUUCAGUCAGUUCGCGAAGAGUCUACCAGCGACUCGUUGAGUAGCAGCCUCAAGGUGGAGGACAGCUCCCGACGCGAGUCGCUCUCCAGCUUGUUGGCCGAAAAGGGAGGAAUCACUACCAGCACUAGUUUGAGGGAGGACACUAGCACCUCUGCAUCUCAGCUGGAGGAGCUGCUUGUGCAGUCCGAGGAGUGCUCAUCAGAGUCAAUCGUUAGCGAGAUUCAGACCAGCAGCGCUCAGAAGUCAACUAAGGAAACCAAGGAUGCUAGGGAAACCAAAGUAACCAGCCAGUUUAGCACUAGCACCAGCACCAGCACCAGCACCACCAAAGACGACUUAAAGGAAACUGUGGCCGAGUUUCUGGCCACCGAGAAGAUUGUCUCCGCCAAGGAAGCCUUCAGCACUGAAGCCACCAAGUCGGCAGACGACUGCCUGAAGAAGGCCACCGCCAGCAACGUCUCCAGCACAACCGCCUCCCAGCGAGCGCUAUUCGUGGGCACGGACGAGUCACGGAGAGAGUCCCUGCUGAGCCAGGCGAGUGAGAGCCGCUUGACCCACAGUGAUCCCGAAGAUGAGGAGCCCGCUGACGACGUCGACGAGCGCUCCAGUGUUAAGGAGAGCCGCUCCAAGUCGAUUGCCACCAUCAUGAUGACCAGCAUCUACAAACCUUCCGAGGAUAUUGAGCCAAUUUCAAAGGUCGUCGAGGAGGAGCACGAGCACGUGGAGGAGCUGGCUCAGGAGGUCACCUCUACCAGCAAGACCACAACUCUGUUGCAGUCCAGCGGACAGAGCAGCAGCACAACCACCAGUAGCACCAGCAAGACCGGUGCCUCAAGGGUGGAGUCCAUCACUCUCACUCAAAUGGAUCAGCAGACUAGCCAGAGUCAGGCGGAGCCUGCUGAUCGCAAGACACCGCCAACGGCGCCAGUGAGUCCCGGCGUCAAGGCUUUGAGCUCGACAGGAUCGGCCGGCUCUGUGAUUGGAGCUGGAGCUGCAGCCGUGGCCGCUGGCGGAAAGUGCGAGUCCAGUGCCGCCAGCAUCGUUUCUUCAUCGGGCCCGAUGUCGCCCAAGGACAUCAGCGGCAAGUCCAGUCCCGGCGCCCUCACCUCGGAGAGCCAGUCAAUUCCCACUCCGCUGGGUCGGGAGUCGCAUACGGACACCCCGGAGUCCUCGCCAAAGCCCACAUCGCCUUUCCCGCGCGUCAGCAAGGACGAGCUCAAGUCCCUGGAAAUUCAGCACCACGAGCAGGAGCACAUGCUGGCGGGAGCUGCCGCUGCAGCCGGAGCUGAGUGCGAGGCUGAUCUUCCCGAGCUGCACGAACUUCGUGGACUCGAGUGCACCACAGCCCUCAGCGGGAGCACCGACAAGAUAAUCACCACCACAAUCACCACGGUGACCAAGGUAAUUUCGGCGGACGGCAAGGAAAUAGUGACCGAGCAAAAGACGGUGACAACCACAGACAGUUCGGAGCCCGACAGCGAAAAGGUAGUGGUGACCACCACGCGCACCACCAGCGAGAGCGAACGCGACCAGCUGCUGCCCAAAGAGGUGGCGCUGCUGCGCGGCCUGUACCGCGCCAGCACUCCGGGCAGCGAGGAGGACGAGGACCUCCUACUGGGAUCCCCGCGCAGCGCCACCAGCUACGAGCUGCAGCACUCUAGCUCCGGCGUGAGUAAGCGCUCCGAUCUGGACGCCGACGGUGACGAGAGCCAGGAUGACAUUCCUCCUCAGUAUGGAAGCGAGGAGCACUCAACCGCACGCUCGAUUCUUCUGCCUCGCACAGCCGACCCCAUGGCCACCUCCUUCUACGGCGCCCUGCCCGACAGUUUCGACGUUGCGAUCAAGCCCAGCACCGAACCAAUCCCCAUUCAGAGCGCGCCGUCCGGCGAUAGCCAGUCGUCGGAGAGCGUGGAGAGCAGUAGCCAGACCUGGGCAGGACACAAGUUCCUCGACCAGGCGGACAAGGACUUCCAGCGAGCACUCGAGGAGCACGUACAGGCGCGCGGCGCCGAGGUCAUGUCUUCCGUCACCGCCAAGUACUCGUACUCGCCCUCAAAGGCCGAGGAAAUGGAACAGAUCGUGAGUAGCACUGCGGAACGGCAGCGCUUCCCGCUUAGCGAUGUCCAGCGGUCCCGUGUGGCGGAGAGUGGUUUUGCCACCGUUGGCAGUGUCGCCUCCCAGCAGCAGGAGAAAGGAGAGGAAGUGGAGGAAGCCGUGCCUACCACAACUGCAGCAACAGCGAGCACCACAGCCACAGCGAGUUCCACUGGAGCCCUGCCCAAGGACCGCCUCGAGGAGUGGGGCAAGCCCCUAGGUCUGCCAUCGCCAGCACCACUGCCCGUAGAGGGCGGUGCUGACAUUCGCACCACUCCCAAGAAGGAACGCCGUCUGGUGGCCACCAAGACGCGGCUGAACAACGAGAAGAACAUGCGCAAGCGCAGCGAAUCGCCCAACAAGGCCGGCAAGAAGCCAGCGCCCGUCUACGUGGACCUCACAUACGUGCCGCACAACGGCAACUCCUACUACGCCCACGUGGAGUUCUUCAAGCGGGUGCGAGCCCGCUACUACGUCUUCUCCGGCACGGAACCCAGUCGCCAGGUGUAUGAUGCGUUGCUCGAGGCCAAACAGACAUGGGAGGACAAGGAGUUGGAGGUCACCAUUAUACCUACGUACGACACCGAUGUGCUGGGUUAUUGGGUGGCUGAAAACGAGGAGCUGCUAGCCAAGCACCGCAUCGACCUCUCGCCCUCCGCGUCUCGUUGCACCAUCAACCUGCAGGACCACGAGACCUCGUGCUCCGCCUACCGCCUGGAGUUCUAGGCCACGGGCU